UAACCAUUACUGCUUUCCUGCGGCCACAAGGAGGAUGGCGGCUGGGGAGCCGGGAGACAGAGGGGGCUACUACUUCAGAUUCCUGCCUCAGAGAACCUUCCCGUCCCUGAGCACCCGGGAGGUCACCAGCCGGCUCCGCCAGUGGUCCAUGCUGGGCAGAAUCCAGGCGCAGGCGUUCAGCUUCGACCAGACGUUCCAGCCCUACCAGAAGGAUGAUUUUGUCAUGGCUUUUUUCAAAGACCCAAAUGUUAUUCCAAAUUUGCAGUUACUCUCAGAUUCUUCUGGACAGUGGACCACAUUAGGAACUGAAGUGAAAAAAGUUGAAGCUACAAAUGUUCCUUGCACACAACUUUCAAUGUCAUUUUUCCAGCGGUUAUAUGACGAAAAUAUUGUACGAGAAAGUGGACACAUUGUCAAGUGCUUAGACACUUUCUGUGAUCCAUUUCUCAUUUCAGAUGAACUAAGAAAAAUUUUGCUCAUGGAAGACUCUGACAAAUAUGAAAUCUUCAGCCCGCAGGAGAGGGAAGAGUUCCUGUUCUGUCUUUUUAAGCAUCUGUGCCUUGGAGGGUCCCUUUGUCAAUAUGAAGAUGUGCUUAAGCCGUAUCUGGAGACAGCAAAGCUGCUCUAUAAGGACCUGGUGAGUGUUCGGAAACACCCUCGAACCAAGGAAAUACAAAUUACCUCUUCUGUCUUUAAAGUGAAAGCCUUCGGCUCCCUCGGCGUGUGCUACCCUUCGACUAAGGAGCACGAGCAGACGUUCUCAUACUUGGUCGUGGAUCCCAUCAAGCGCCAUGUGAAUGUCUUGUACCACUGCUAUGGUGUAGGGCAGAUGUCGUAGUGCUGCUCAGACCAUCUGCUAGCACCACGACUCAGUUCACUGUGUCCCUGUGUCCCAACUAGUGGGUAGGUAGAGGUGCCCU